GUUAGACUGCUGCAAUGAGCCACAGUCCGCUCGCCGUCCGAUGAUUAAAGUUCUCAUUUCUCCAAUUGUAGCUUUCCCAGACCAUCACGCGCACGCUCGAAUCGAAAACCCUACCGCCGAAGAUCGGCAAAGCUCUCAGGUUAGUUCUUUAUGCACUUGAUCUAGGGCAACGAGCAGCGGCUCAAGCUCGUUUAAGCUCUGCCGAUCCUUCUUCGAAUGUCGCCGUCCGGUGCCGUGGAGAAGUCCGAGGGCGAUGAGGCGGCCCUCCGUGGCGGUGAGCUGCUCUAUUGCGGCGGCACGAUCUGGGAGAACAUGGGAAGGAGGACGGCAGCGGCUGAAAGUAACCUUGUUUCGCCGACACGGCUUCGUACCUUUGUCGGUGUGGAUAUUCGCUUUGUUGCUUCCGGCUGCUCUUCUUGUCACUGUGUGGCUUUGGAUGUGGGAGGCCGCUGCUAUACUUGGGGAAGGAAUGAGAAAAGUCAACUAGGGCAUGGAGAUACGCUAAAUCGAAAUCUGCCUACAUUUGUUCAUGGACUAUCAAAGCAUAAAAUAGUCAGUGCUGCUACGGGGAGGAAUCAUACUGUGGUUAUUACUGAUGAUGGGAAAUCAUUCUCAUUUGGCUUCAAUAAACAUGGACAGCUGGGGACGGGAUCCACAAGAAAUGAAAUUGAGGCAUUUCCAGUAGCGUCUUCGGUUUCUGAAGUUACAACUGCUGCUUGCGGAGCUGAUUUUACCGUAUGGCUGUCUUCUGUGGAAGGAUCCUCUAUUCUAACUGCUGGUCUACCACAAUAUGGGCAACUUGGACAUGGCACUGAUAAUGAGUAUAAUACAAAAGAAAGUUCAGUUAAAUUAGCUUAUGAGCCCCAGUCUCGUCCACGAGCUAUAGCUUCACUAUCAGGAAAAACAAUCACAAAAGUUGCCUGUGGAACAAACCAUACAGUUGCUGUGGAUUCAGAUGGCUUUGUUUACACGUGGGGUUUUGGUGGCUAUGGAAGGCUGGGUCAUAGGGAGCCAAAGGAUGAAUGGGUACCCCGUCUCGUGGAAGUAUUUCAAAGGAAAAAUGUCCUUCCACAUGAUGCUGUUAUUUCUGCAGGAUCUGUUAAUUCAGCUUGUACUGGAGGUGGAGGGCAGCUUUAUAUGUGGGGAAAAUUAAAGACCACUGGUGAUGAGUGGAUGUAUCCAAAGCCUGUUUUGGACCUGAGUGGAUGGAACAUUCGUUGUAUGGCAUCUGGUAACAUGCAUCAUGUUAUUGGUGCUGACGAUUCAUGUAUUAGUUGGGGGCAUGCUCAAUAUGGAGAGCUGGGUUAUGGCCAGUUAGGUCCAAAAACUUCUACAAUUCCCAAAAAGGUUGACAGUCUGGAGGGUAUGCAUGUCAAAAGUGUGGCCUGUGGAUUUGGGUUUUCUCUGAUUGUUGUCGAUAGGGAAAAUAUUGGUGAUCUACUGGAUAAGCUGGAAGUCUAUGAUGGUGAGACUGCUGAAGGAACCGAGGACGACAAUUCUGGUGCUAUUAGAAACCAAACUAACAAAAGGGAAGUGAAAUCAGCCUCCACAAAAAGGAAGCAGGAGGACACGUCCAAAGAAGAUGAUCAUGGAGAUCCCGAUAGUGAUGACCACGAAGACGAGAGUAAUGAUGAGCCCGACAGUCGAAAGAGUAAACGACGCGGUAAACCUUCCAGCAGAGGCCGUGGCAAGGGUGCGAAAAAGAUAGCUUCGGAGGCAAAGAAUUCUGGUCGAGGAAGGGGUCGUCCUAAGUCUGUCAGCAAAGGCAGCUCUGAUUGUGGUGGGAAGAAGGGGAAGAGCAGAUGAUCAAAAAGUUCAUAGAAGACAACAGUAGAUGGAUGCAUUUUAACUCCAAAAGUUCUCCCAGUUUAGGUUUAACAACUUGACCCGACUC